GUGAAGUUUUAAAGACAAACACUGCCUAUACUCUUCACUUCACCCAAGAGGCCACUGGAAAUAGACCAAAGACCCACUGAGGGAGAUGCACAUUGUUUCCCAGAAGUAAAUACAGCUCAGCUUGUACUUUGGAACAAUCGGUCAACCUUGCUACUUGCACAAUUCGUCAGCAAAUGUUAUGCAGUGCCUGAACAGGAUCAUGGCAGAAUCACCGGGCCUCAUCACCAUCUGCCUUUUAGGAUGUCUACUCAGUGCUGAAUGUACAGUUUUUCUUGACCACGAAAAUGCCACCAAAAUUCUGAAUCGGCCAAAGAGGUAUAAUUCAGGUAAACUGGAAGAGUUCGUGCAAGGGAACCUUGAGAGAGAAUGUAUAGAAGAAAAGUGUAGUUUUGAAGAAGCUCGAGAAGUUUUUGAAAACACUGAAAAAACCACUGAAUUUUGGAAGCAAUAUGUUGAUGGAGAUCAAUGUGAGUCCGAUCCAUGUUUAAAUGGUGGCAUAUGCAAAGAUGACAUCAAUUCCUAUGAGUGCUGGUGUCAAGUCGGAUUUGAAGGAAAGAACUGUGAAGUAGAUGUAACAUGCAACAUUAAGAAUGGCAGAUGCAACCAGUUUUGUAAACUGGGCCCCGAUAACAAGGUGGUUUGCUCCUGUACCAUGGGGUACCAACUUGCGGAAGACCGGAGGUCCUGUGAACCAGCAGUGCCGUUUCCAUGUGGAAGAGUUUCUGUCCCACACAUUUCUACGACACGCACCCGUGCUGAAACUUUUUUUUCCAAUAUGGACUAUGAAAAUUCCACUGAAGCGGAAAAAACUUCCGAGAACCUUACCCAACCGCUCAACGACCUCACUCGAGUUGUUGGUGGGAAAGAUGCCAAACCAGGCCAAUUCCCUUGGCAGGUCCUUUUGAAUGGGAAGAUCGAUGCGUUCUGUGGAGGGUCCAUCAUCAAUGAAAAAUGGGUGGUAACUGCAGCCCACUGCAUUGAGCCUGGUGAUAAAAUUACUGUGGUUGCAGGUGAACAUAACACCAAGGUGAAGGAACAUACAGAGCAAAAGAGAAACGUGAUUCGCACUAUUCUUCACCACAGCUACAAUGCGACUAUAAAUAAAUACAACCAUGACAUCGCCCUUCUGGAACUGGAUGAACCCUUAACGCUCAACAGCUAUGUGACCCCUAUUUGCAUUGCUGACAGGGAAUACACGAACAUCUUCCUCAAGUUUGGAUCCGGCUAUGUGAGUGGCUGGGGGAGAGUCUUCAACAGAGGGAGAUCGGCUUCAGUUCUCCAGUACCUUAAAGUUCCACUUGUUGACCGAGCCACAUGCCUUCGCUCCACAAAGUUCACCAUCUAUAAUAACAUGUUCUGUGCUGGCUUCCAUGAGGGCGGUAAAGAUUCAUGCCAGGGAGAUAGCGGGGGGCCCCACGUCACCGAAGUGGAAGGUGUCAAUUUCUUAACUGGAAUCAUUAGCUGGGGUGAAGAGUGUGCAAUGAAAGGAAAAUAUGGCAUAUAUACAAAGGUGUCCCGGUAUGUUAACUGGAUCAAAGAAAAGACAAAGUCCACUUAAAGAAAAAUCUGUUUUCCAAGGUUGCCGUAUUCGGGGUUGAAAAUGGACAAGGUCCUUUACUAAUCGCUUUCCUAUCUCUUUAGAUUUGACCGCAUACAUCCUAUGAAUACUGCUUCUUUCUGGGGAGAAAUCUGUCUAGAAUUCCUAUUUUGCUAGAGUAAGUAGAUUAGAAAAUGGAAUCACUAAAGAAACGUACUGUGAUAGGAAAUUGUGACCAUUCCCACAGGUCUAGCCCUUGACAAAACUGGGAAGUGAAGUUCUUCAUCCUGCCCAUGAGGCAUGACGUUUCUCCACCAGAGCAACUCUUUGACUUCCCCUCCUUAGCAGCAUUCCAUGUUCCAGAUCUUUCUUACCUCUCCCACCAAAAUCAUCAAAAUGUUUUAGAUCUGUAUCUGGGCUCUUUGGUUUAGUUCACGACAAGGUCGGCACCACAUUCAUAAAGGAAGAACACAGGAGGAGCUGACAGGUUGAAACUCACCAGAAAACACCACUUCCUUUUCUGUACCCUUAUUCCCAAUUCCUCUAUCUCUUCCAUCUCCUAAUCCCGAAAUCAGUUUCUCUCUCUCCCUUUCUC